GCCGCGAAUUAUUUGCCACGUUGCCGAGUGUGGAGUAUAAUUCUUCCUAACACGUAUGGUAUUCCACAACAGCGGAAUUCUCCCCUUUAAUUACAACGUUGUUUCAGUUUGACAUCCUCAAAUACCUCUACUUCAUUCCUGGUUUUUUGCGAUUAAAUACUGGUACAAUAAGCUCGAGGAAAGAGGUAAAAUGAAAGUCAAAGACGUUAACAGAACAGCAAAUAUUGCAUGGAGUCCUGCACCUCAGUACCCAAUCUACUUAGCAGCAGGAACGGCUGCCCAGCAGCUUGAUGCUACAUUCAGGUUCCACAAACUGGUGUGGGGACCCCAUGGUAUGGAAUCAUCCAGUUCAUCGUCAGGCCUUUUGAUUGGUGGAAGUGACAAUGGGGUGAUCAGUAUCUAUGAUCCAACUAAGAUUUUAUCUGGAGAUAUUGAUGACUGUUUGGUUUUUCAAUCAACUAAACAUACAGGACCUGUGCAAGCUUUGGACUUCAACCCAUUUAAGACAAGUCUGUUGGCAUCUGGAGCAAGUGAUUCUGAAAUUUACAUCUGGGACUUGACAAAUCCCACCAACCCUCUUACACCAGGAAGUAAAACUUUACCACCAGAUAACAUCAGUUGCGUAGCAUGGAACAGACAGGUGCAGCAUAUCUUAGCCUCAGCUUCUCCCUGUGGCCGCUGUGUUGUGUGGGAUCUGAGGAAGAAUGAACCAAUUAUUAAAGUCAGUGAUCAGAGUGCAACAAUUCGAUGCAAAGCAGUUGAAUGGCAUCCAGAUGUGGCAACUCAGAUGAUUUUAGCUUCAGAAGAUGAUAGAUAUCCAGUUAUUCAGAUGUGGGAUCUUCGAUUUGCUACGUCUCCCAUGAAGGUGCUUGAGGGACAUCAGAGGGGAAUCCUGUCAAUAGCUUGGUGCCCACAAGAUCCUGACUUACUCAUGAGUUGUGCAAAGGACAACCGUAUCCUUUGUUGGAAUCCUAAUACCCAAGUUGCAGGAGGAGAGAUUGUUUAUGAGUUGCCGACUACAGCUCAGUGGAGUUUUGAUGUUUCUUGGUGUCCAAGGAACCCUGCUAUGGUGUGUACUACAUCUUUUGAUGGGCACGUCAGCGUGUUUUCUCUCAUGGGUGGAAGUGCCUCUGGACAAGAUAUUCAACAACAAAAAGUGAUGAGUUCUUUUGAUGUGGAUGACCCAUUUAUGUCUCAAAUCCAUCAAGCUCAGCAACAACAACAACUGCAGCAACAGAAAACAGCAGCAACCAGUGCCCCCUUAAAAAAGCCUCCAAAGUGGCUGCGCAGGCCUUGUGGAGCCACAUUUGCCUUUGGUGGAAAGCUGAUAACUUUUGGGUAUUCAAAAGAAUCACCGUCUAGUCAGCUAUCAAUAAAAUCAACACACUGCAACUAUGUCAACAUAAGUCAGGUUACAACAGAACAGGAACUAGUUGGCAGGUCUCAUGAAUUGGAGGGAGCACUUGCUUCAGGAAGUUUCAUGCAGUAUUGUAAUGCGAAGGUGGAGAGCAGUACACAGGAGUUGGAGCGAACACUGUGGAGUUUCUUGAAGAUAAACUUUGAGAGAGAACCUCGCAGACAUUUCCUAACACUUCUGGGUUAUGAUCCAUUGGAGCUAUCAAAAAAGGUGGCCUCAUCUCAUACAUCGUCAGCCUCAAGUAGCACACAAGGAGGUGUUAAUGCUGAAGAAUUAGUCCAAAAGAUGAAGCUGUUGAGCACAGGGGAAGCAAGUGGGAAAACAGGGGAAGGUGUGUUUUCUAGUGGAGCAAGUACCCCCUCAGUAGCAGAAUCCAAGACUCCAUUGUCUGAGGCUGGAAGUUUAAAUGAAGGUGCUGCAGCCUUUGACGCUAUUGCUGCUGGAGGUCCAUUAUCAGUGGACACAGGGUCUGAGAUCGGAGUUAGUGAAGCUGUGAAGCCACCACUACCUUUCCAGAUACCUACAGAUGAUGAUACUGAUGGUCUCAUCACUCAAGCACUGCUAACUGGAAAUUUUGAAGCAGCUGUUGAUGUGUGUCUUCAUGCUGAUAGAAUGGCUGAUGCCUUCCUUCUUGCUAUUGCUGGUGGUCCAGAUCUUUUGGCCAGAAUACAAACAAGAUACUUUGAGAAGAGCAAGAGUAAUGUUGCAAGGCUGAUGUCAGUUGUUGUAAAUCGUGACUGGCGUGACAUAGUUGAGAGCUGUGUGUUGGAAAACUGGCGAGAAGCACUUGCAGCUCUUGUGACCUAUGCCAAAGCUGAAGAGUUCACUGCCCUGUGUGAUCUGCUUGGACAAAGAUUGGAACAGGAAGGUGAUGAGCACUGUGCUAAUGCCAUGGUCUGCUACAUUUGUGCUGGAAAUGUGGAGAAGUUUGUGUCCUGUUGGUCUAGAAACAUGCCAGCUGAACCUUCUCCCCUUGCUCUUCAAGAUUUGAUUGAAAAAGUCAUGAUAUUAAAGAAAGCUGUGGAGAGGGAACGUCGACUUUUGAUUGACAGUGGAUCAUCUGUUCUUGCGGAAAAACUCAGUAAAUAUGCAGAGAUUUUAGCAUCUCAGGGAUGCUUGGAAACGGCCAUGGGUUACUUGAUGACUGUAAAUGAUCAGGCAAGCCUGGGCGUGCUUAAGGAUCGCCUGUACACUGCACAGUAUCCAAGUCAUCUUGCUACUGCUACAGCUCCACCACCAUUCCCAUUCCAAAGGAUUGAUGUCCAAGCAGAACCUCUCCCUCAGGUUCAGAAUCAAGCUCAGUUUCAACAACAGCAAAGUUAUGGUGUCCCUGCACAACAGCGACAACAACAGCCGCAACAGCUCUACCAACCACCGCAGCAGCAACCCUCACCAGUAACUACACCUACUUAUCAACCAUCAAUGCCACCACAAAACACUCAGUUCUACAAUCCAGUUGCUUACCAACCACAGGUAUCCCAACCACCUUCAGUCUCUCAGCCAUCUUUUAACCAGCCUCCUCCUCCUCCUGCCUCUCAGACAACUUACUACAGUGGCCCACCACAGCCGUCACCCACUUCCAAUCAGCAGCAGGCUUCAUGGUCUCAAAAUCCACCAGUAUCAAUGUAUCAACCCCAAUCUACCAACACUACACCAACACAAGUGCCUACACAGGCCCAGUAUAGUACUCAGAUGCAAAUGAAAGGUCCACAACAGCAGCAGCCUCCAGUGCAGAUUUUCAAUCCUGGUAGUUCAGCCACUCCUGGUGCACCGUAUUCAGGCCCUUCCCUAACUGGAGCCCCUCCAGUUGGCCCUCCUUCACAAGGACCUUCUGUGCCCCCUCCUUCUACUGGUCCACCUCCAACUGAACCACCUCCACUCACAGGGGCCUGGAAAGACUCUCACAUGAUGAAGGCUAAGAAGCACCAGGCUCAAACUUUCACUCCUCCUGCACCGAUUACUGCUCCGCUGUUCGGCGCGGGAGAGCCACAGCAGACCCAACAGCAGCAGCCUUCUUCCAUUGGAAUGCCACAAGGUGUCCCCCCGGCAACUGGUGCACCUCCUAUGAUGCCUCCGGGGGGUGGUCCUCCAGGGGCGCCUCCAAGUUAUGGAGAUGUGUCCCCUCAACAACGUCCUCAGGUAUAUGAUGAUGGCAGUCCACCGCCAUCUCCUCAUCACCCCCCCAUGCCACACCCAUUACAUAUCAUACCUGCUCAGGAACCUCCUGCUCCUGUUAUGAAGGGUCCCAUCCCGUCUGAACACCUGAUACUACAGGAAACUUUCAGUGGACUGGCUGAGAGAUGCAAAGGCACAGCUAAUAAUCAGCAUACAAAGCGCAAACUAGAUGAUGUAUCCAAGCGAUUGGAAGCUCUUUACGAUAAACUAAGAGAGCAAAAGGUAAGGAAAUAUACCCUGAACUUCUCACAUUCAACGUAAGCCUUUGUUUUUGUAUUUUCAGCGUGUCAAGGAGGGGACUACCCCCGUGGUCUGAUGGCACAUACAAAGCUCAUAUCCAGCGGUAGUUUUUCGGAGAUCAGCACGUUUAUGCCUGGGCUCAAGUCUCUAAUGCAAAUAGCCACACAAUUACGUGUUUAAUGAUGUCUGCUGUUUAGAGAGAUUAGAGCCUUUUCCACUUGAAAUAAUUUUAAAGAACAGUCAGCACGUGACCCUUACCCUAGUUACGGUGUGGUGUGGACGUUGUGUCCUCAUACCGGAAUAACCUCGAAAUUACUCCUCAUUUUGUACGCCCUGGUUGCGGGGCUUUUGAUUGAUAAGAUUUGAACUUCAGCAAGAAGGACGGGAGGUUGUUCUGAGUGAGGAUCCGUUGUGAUCCGUCGCCUAUUCGAAUUCACUAAUGGUGGGUAUCAGAAAAAGAGAGAUUCCAAAAAAAUGUCGCCAAGUUUAUUUUUCCCGCUGAUCAAAGGAACAGGGAACUAGACAAAGAUACGAAUAGAAGAUUACAAAUUUCAAAAUAAGUUAUGAAUGUAAUUUUUUCACUUUUUCCAGAAAGGAAACAUAGAUAAUAAGGCCGUGCAACCCUUUAGAUUUUAGGUCUGUUUCUUUGUUUUUCUCGUGGAGAAAACUUUCAAAUCGAAGGAAACUUGCGAAGGUGAUCAUGGUCACACUUUAAUUUUGGAAAUUUGGAAAGUACCCUUUUUCCAAACAGUCUUCGAUUCAAAGCCAGUUAAAAGGGAAAGAUUGCAAUGUUCUGUGAUGAUUUUGCUACUAAAAAUAUGCGUUAACCAGUAUAAUUUUACAGUUCUUCUCAAUUACAGAUCGUGUUUAACUGGAA